AAUUAGUUUUAUAUUACAAUAGAACAUACAAGAUUAUUAUUGCAUAACUGAAUAAUUUCCUGUAUGUUAAUAACUUAGUACGUAAUUGUGUUGGGAGUUGUCACAAACAAUAAUUAUUAUUGCAUACUACACGUACUAAAUUAAACUGUAUUAUAUUAUAUUAUAUUAUACAGGGUUGCUAAUUUAAUUGGAACAUGUUUGAAAUGUCACCAAAAGGCUGACUAAUGGUUGUGAUAAAUCUAAAGAGUUCGGAAUAUAUUAGGGUGAAAAACCCAAAAAAAAAUCUCCGAUUUGUUUAUUAAAAGAUGGUUAAAUUCGCUUUAAAAAAAUGAGCGGAAACAAUUCAACAUUUUUCGCGAUUAAUAACUUAAACAAUAACAACAACGAAAAUGAAGCGAAUUCCCCCAACGAUAACAACGUUAAUAACAACAGAAACAACAACAAUAACGCCAACGGGUACAGAUUACUUUCAGCCCAAGGGAUGCAGACUUUACAGACAUUCCUUAGGGAGCACGGAAACGAUUGUAUCAAACAGUUCGUUAAGGAAUUCGCUACUCUUACCAAAGAAUUGAAUUUGGCGAGGGAACAACUGUUGGAACGCGAGGAAGAAAUUUCAGAACUGAAAGCCGAAAGGAAUAACACGAGGCUACUAUUGGAACAUUUGGAAUGUCUCGUUUCGCGACACGAACGUUCGCUGCGGAUGACCGUAGUGAAAAGGCAAGCGGCCGCACAAUCGGGCGUCUCCAGCGAGGUCGAGGUCCUGAAGGCGCUCAAGAGCCUUUUUGAACAUCACAAGGCCCUCGACGAAAAGGUUCGGGAACGACUUCGUGUCGCGUUGGAAAGAAAUUCAGUUUUAGAAGAGGAGUUGGCUACUAUCAAAGAUGAGUUACAACAAUAUAAAAUUGGAGGAGCACCUUCUAAUAAUGUACCUGCCAUAGAUGACAAACCAAAAGAGAAUGGCCAAAUUGAUACUGGGGACCAAGGAAAUAAUUCCACGAAUAAGGCUCCAGCGAAGCCUCGCCUGGCUAACGGUGGCAUCGAAACCGACAAUGCGGAGAGCGCUGCGAGGAUCGCGGAUCUUCAGCAAGCCCUCGAGCAGCAAACGAAUGAGAUUGGGACGUGGCAACGAAGAGUUGCCGAAAUGACGAAUCGCCUCGGGGAGUUGGAAGAGAAUUUGGCGAAAGCGCAAAAGGACCUGUUAAAAUCCCAGGACUCCAACUCGAAGCUUCAGAGGGAUUUAAGGGAAAACGUUGCGCAAAAGGAGGACCAGGAGGAACGGAUUGCAACCUUGGAGAAGAGAUAUUUGAACGCCCAGCGGGAGUCGACGUCACUUCACGAUCUCAACGAGAAAUUAGAACAAGAAUUACAACACAAAGAAGCACAGAUUAAGUUACAAGAUGAAAAGAUUGCUGCAAUUCAAGAAAAAUUAGAACUCGCCGAACAAAAAUUAGCGCAAUAUUCAAACCUUCCAGAAAUGGAGGAACAACUCAAACAGCGUAUGGAGGCUCUCACGCAGGUGAGGAACCAGGCGCAAGAAAGACACGGUUCCGCUGAAGAUCGCAUCCAACGUCUCGAGGCGAAUCUCGAAGAGAAAAACGCGGAGUUAGUUCGACUUAAUCAACGGUUAAAAAUGAACGAGGACCAUAACAGUCGUUUAUCGGCAACCGUCGAUAAAUUAUUAUCGGAAUCGAACGAUCGGCUCCAAGUGCAUCUUAAAGAACGGAUGCACGCGUUGGAAGAAAAGAAUAGUCUCACUCAAGAAUUGGAGAAGACCCGUAAAGUUAUGGAGGAUCUUGAAGGUCAAAAGGGCGAGAUUAUGAAGGAAUUGGCGAAAUCUCGGUUGGAAAUUGAUAACGUUAAGAGGCAAAUGUUGCAACAAGAGAUCGCUUUUAAUAUUCAACAAACGGACGCUUUAACUAGGAGUUUAUCUCCGAAUGCCGUGGACCCCAGCGGGUUUUCAAGAAGCGCUAGUCAUUCGAGUUUUGAUGCUCAUUCGUUACCAAGAAGGAGUAAUAAAAAUAGGACACCUAUUGAUGAUGAUUGUAAUAAGUUACCACCAUUUACGAGAUCGAUGACUGAACAAGAAUGGGAAAAGAUGCAGCAGGCUCACGUUUUGGCGAACGUUCAGCAGGCGUUUGACGUUUCUAGCGACGCAGAAGGUGACGAUAACGAUAGUCUGUUUAGUGCCGCUGACAUAUUGUCGCCUUCUGGUCACACAGAUGCGCAAACUCUUGCGAUGAUGCUCCAAGAACAACUAGACGCAAUCAACAACGAGAUCCGGUUGAUACAGGAGGAGAAACAGAACACCGAGGCGCGGGCUGAAGAACUCGAGUCGAGAGUGGGCAGCAUGGAACACAUGAAUCUACUAGCUAGAGGGCGCAGUCUCGAACGACAAAGUCCACCUGUCAGCGGCCGAUCAACCCCUAAAUCUCAUCAUUCACCCCAACGAGAUUAUUUGCACAAAUAUCAUACGGCGCCCGCCUCUAUGUCCCCGGCUCACUUACAACAGCAGUACCAUGGCAUCUUGAGCCCAGGCGCCCUCUCAGAGUCAUUGCCAUCGAGUCAGCUUCAACUGGCUCCCCUUCAAUCGGAAUUAUCUAGGGAUGAAAUUCAUAUCGGCGAUAGUAGCAGCGGAGGUGGGGCUUCACCUUUAACCGCGAGAUCUUUACGACUUGAAAGGGUCGCUCAAGCUUUAGCUCAUAGUCAAGAAGAAUUACGGAGACGAACCGGAGCAGUUGGAAUGCCAACAGGCGUAACAACAUACAGUGUCUUUAGGCAAGGACAGACCCAUACACCACCGUCACCAUUAUCCUCUCGUCACAGCAGCCAGGAGAGUCUACACAAAAACACCGUUUCGGGCGUGCCAAGAGAUGUAUCAGCCGCUGCUGUUGCGGCUGCGGCCGCCGCCCAGAAGAAGAAAGGAAUUAAAUCGUCGUUAGGAAGAUUCUUUAGCAAAAAAGAAAAGGGUAAAGGCAAAGAUGUUACCGAUGCUUCUAGUCUCAGUUUGAGUCAACAAGGUAUGAUGAGCGAUGGUGAUAUAUCCGAUUCGAUGAGCAUAUCCGGAAAAUUGGGACAAAAAGGCGAUUUUGAUCGGAGACAGAAGAAAAAGUGGGUGGAACGUGAUUACAGACACGAACUACUCGCUGAAGCUAUGAAAGCCGGCACUCCAUUCGCUUUAUGGAACGGACCAACGAUCGUGGCGUGGUUAGAACUUUGGGUGGGAAUGCCCGCUUGGUACGUGGCGGCGUGUCGAGCCAACGUGAAAUCGGGGGCGAUUAUGAGCGCACUUAGCGACACGGAGAUUCAACGGGAAAUCGGCAUCAGCAAUCCGUUACAUCGACUCAAGUUACGAUUGGCAAUACAGGAAAUGGUCUCGUUAACAUCGCCAUCCGCGCCGAAAACCUCGCGAACAACGUUAGCUUUCGGCGACAUGAAUCACGAAUGGAUCGGAAAUUCGUGGUUACCCGCUUUGGGUUUACCACAGUAUCGAACCACUUUUAUGGAAUGUUUGGUUGAUGCGAGAAUGUUGGAUCAUUUGACGAAAAAGGAUUUGAGAGGACAAUUAAAAAUGGUUGAUAGUUUUCAUAGGACUAGUCUUCAAUUUGGGAUAUCGUGUUUAAAACGAUUAAAUUACGAUCGGAAUUUGUUGGAGGAUAGGCGGAAGACUUCCGAAAAUACGAAUACAGAUGUUUUAGUUUGGAGUAAUGAGCGUUUAAUUCGAUGGGUCGCUGCAAUUGGUUUGAAGGAAUACGCAAAUAAUUUAAUUGAAUCAGGGGUACAUGGUGCUUUGAUUGCUUUAGAUGAAAGUUUUGAUUCGAAUAGUAUGGCUUUAGCACUUCAAAUUCCAACUCAAAAUACACAGGCACGUCAAAAUUUGGAGAUAGAAUUUAUAAAUUUACUACGUAUGGCAACGGAUCGUCGCCCGGAUGAAAUGGUAAGAUCCUGAUAUGCGCAUGCUCCUCAAUAAGUAGGAGAAACAAGUUGACUUAUAAUGAAUUAAAAAAAAUUAAACGUUGAAAUGAAGAUAAAAAUCAUAAAUAGACUUCCCCACGCGCCCCAAAAAAUAAAAAGCCAAGCCCCGCGUCGAGUGUGUGUAUCUUUGAAAGAAGCAGACAUGGUGUGCUACGCAAUUACACAUUUGUACAAAAAAAAAAAAUAAAAGAAAAUCCGAAGAGAGCUUUAAUUGACUAUAUAUAUUAAUAUAUGAAUAUGAAAAAAAAAAA